AUGGGGAUGAACAUGGAGAUGCGUGGGGAGGAGACCUGGCGAGCAGCGGCGGUCGAACAAGGUCGUGAAGUGGGCGGCAGCUUGCCCAAAUCCGGCCAUGCCAACCGCGCGCCGGGGGCGGGUUUGGGGACCUAUCUAAUUAUCCACUUUGAUAAUGCAAUGGCAGAGUACACGUUAUCCUCUCGGAUCUUCGGCAUGCUGAAAAAGGAAGGAAAAUGUGUUGAUGAAUUACUCAUUGCUGGGACGAGAUAUCACAAUCUGAAUCACAGCGAAGAACCGCCGAGUCGAAUUGAUCCAAAGCGUCAGACGGAGCUACGCCGCUCGUUCCAUAGCGCACCGACGGCGCGCGCGAACGUUGAUGGUGGUGGUCGGGACAAGAAAUACGCCUCAAGUCUUGUUUGCGCCGGCAGGCUGCUGUCCCGCGUCGCUGGAUUGGAACCAAGACUUUUCACCAAGGGCGAUCAGCCAGCGCCAAGUGACGUGAUGUCUCCCCCGGCUGGGCGUCUGGGCUCUGCCAAGAAGGAACCUGAAGAGCUGGCCAAGUCGGGCCUGGCGGCAGGGUUUACUGAGCUCCAGGAGGAAGAGGGGACCAAGAAGAUGGAGAACAAGACUGGAAACUGGAUACCCGACAGGUUCGCACUCCGCAAGCUCGCAGCUCGCAGCUCGCCGCCGGCCGGUGGAUCCCGAAUGGACCGUUUCGGGCUUAAGUCGACGGGGCCAUCAACUGCCGCUCGGCCAUCUUCCGUGAGGGCGAAGACGGAGUGCGCCCGCGCCUCGAAGCCAUUUGGGAAUCGAGUCAUCGCACCCCGGUCUGCUCCGGUUUAUUGA